AUGGGAGAGGAGGAGAAGAAACCAGAAGCGACAGAGGAGAAGAAAAUGGAGGAGAAGAAACCAGAAGAGGCGAAAAAAGAAGGGGAAGAAAAGAAAGUGGAGGCUGAUGAGAAAAAAGGAGAAGAUCCCGAGAAGAAAACACAAGAGGGAGAAUCUGCUAAAGAUUCCAAAGAAGAUUCUCCCCCAGCGGCACCGGAGGCUCCAGCACCGCCUCCUCCGCCACAGGAAGUUGUCCUUAAGGUUUACAUGCACUGUGAAGGAUGUGCUAGAAAAGUCCGUCGUAGCCUCAAAGGAUUCGAAGGCGUGGAAGAUGUGAUGACUGAUUGUAAAACGGGGAAAGUGGUGGUGAAGGGAGAGAAAGCUGAUCCACUGAAAGUAUUAGCCAGAGUUCAGAGGAAGACCCACCGUCAAGUUGUGCUUCUUUCUCCGAUUCCUCCACCAUCUCCCCCGCCGGAGAAGAAAGCAGAGGAGGAGAAACCCAAAGUGGAAGAGAAGAAAGUGGAGCCUCCGGUAGUGGUAACGGUGGUUCUCAAAGUUCACAUGCAUUGUGAAGCUUGUGCAACGGAAAUCAAGAAACGGAUCAUGCGAAUGAAAGGAGUGGAAUCUGCCGAAUCCGACUUAAAGGGUUCUCAAGUGACGGUGAAAGGAGUGUUUGAGCCGCAAAAACUAGUCGAAUACGUUUAUAAGCGGACCGGAAAACAUGCUGCCAUUAUAAAAAUUGACCCACCGCCUCCACCACCACCGGAAGAGGCAGCUGCAGCAGCGGAAGCAGAGAAGAAGGAAGAAGGAAAAGGAGAAAAUGGCGGUGGAGAAUCCAAAGGAGAGGAAGGGAAGGACGAGAAGGCCAAGACCGAAGAAGAAAAGAAAGAAGGGGAAGGUGAAGCCAAAGAAAAUGGUGGCGGCGGUGGGGAGGAAGAGGGGAAAGUAGUGGAGGUGAGGAAGAUAGAGAAUCCUUACUACUACUACUAUUAUCAACCGCCACGUGUGGCGGUUCCGGCUAUGGAGUUGCCACCGCACGCUUAUCCGCCUCAAUUAUUCAGUGACGAGAAUCCAAACGCAUGUACCGUUAUGUAA